AUGCAGAAAUGGAAUGGUAACUACUUCGAGCAGAUCUCACUGAAAACCAUGGGCCUUCGCAUCCAGCUUGGCCACCCUACUGGCCAGAGAUGUCUUACUCCUUGUCGCGCAUUCAAUGAUGAUUUCAUCAUUGUCAACUCGCAUGGUAUACAUGAAGUGUCCCUCGACUUUUGUGAUUGCACAACAGCCGAAAGCCACUUUCAACAGCUGCUUCGAAUAUCUUGGUUUCCUUCGACAACAUCAGAUCCAAAAACUGCUGCGACAUUCCGUGUUCUCGAGCAGUAUCAUCUACUAUUGUUCAAGUUUAAAGUGUCCGCCUAUGAAUUCUAUCACUCACUCAGGCAGAUGUCCAAUAACACCGGCCUGCUUCCCAUCAAGGAUCGUUAUGAAUCGUUUAUGAGGAUGGUACGCGAGUGGCACCACUUGAAGAUGCUUAAGUGCUCAGGGCGAGGUCACGACCCUAGCGGUGUAGAUGGGAUGGCUGAGAGUGAAUGCACUAUAUUGUGCCCAGCAUGCCCACACCCAGGGAAGAACCUUCCCGCAGAUUGGAAAGAGUCUCCUCGGCAGUGGUUGUAUGCAUUGUUCCUCACUAUUGAUGCUAAUUUCCGGUUAAAACGCAAGGCUCUCUCAAAUGACAACGUUGACCCAAGCCUGAGUCGUGGCUGGGGUUAUUUUGUGGAGGAAGAAGCUUAUAAAUACUUCUUGCAUAACAGUGCAGGCUGCGUCCAAGAGAAAUCAACGUGUUCAAGUCACAACGCUGUAAACAUGGCUGAUACGAAAUGUAACCACAGACUUGCCACUACUGGUUUAGGUACCGUCGACUGCACUCACCACAAUAUGAAACGCCCCAAUGCAGUGGGGGAUCUCCAAAAGGGCGAAAAAUAUAUUAACAUGGACUACUUAUUCUUCUCGACACUUCGUCACACUGUACUCGACACUCUCAACGUAUCCUACGAUAUUGUGUGCCAAUGGCACAAAAAUUUAUGGCACCAUAUGAGUGCCUUUCCAUUGUCAAUGCAGCUCUCACAGGCCAUCAAGACUGUCUCGUUUUUUUGUGCCGAAGUUCCACCUACCCGCCCACAUCGAGCAGUGCCAAACAUUGUUUUAUUUAAUUUCAAGAGCGGGGUAGGAAGGACUGAUGGAGAGGCACCAGAACAUGGCUGGGUGAACAUCAACCCCAUCACUUCAAGCACAAAAGAAAUGGGUCCUGGUGCACAGCAAGACACCCUCGAUGACUACUUCGGAGACUCAAAUUGGAAAAAGAUUGUUGGACUUGCUCUUACCAUGGCUUCUGUACGGCUGGAGCUGGCUAGGGAGGACCAGGUUGACCUUCAAAUGGGGACUUGCCUUGCCCUUGACAAGGACUGCACCCCUAGUGUGUUGAUCAGUACAGGUUUAGAACUCGAGGAACAGCACAACACUCUCCGAUGGAGGAUUGACACCUGGGCGAAGAUGCAGGAAUUAUACAUGCCGUUUCUCACUGCACUACGUGCGAGCGAGAGUUCCAUAUUGAACAAUGUGGCUGUUGCACCAGAAGCAAUUAAGUUAUGGCUGCCGUCCCAGAUCAGCAGGACUGUGGCUUGUGACGCGCGCCUCCAAGACAUUGAAUGGAAGCUGUGGUAUGCGCAAGCUCAUGAUGCGCUCCGCUCUCUAUGCUCAAACUUAUGUGCUCAGUCCGCCAUCCUGAAGUACAAAGACCGCAACCUUCGUGGACAAGGAGCAAACACAAGGGCAUGGAAUACGUUGAAAGCCGUUGAAGCGAGGAUCAAGGCCGCUGCCAGCACUUACGAGCAUGCACAUAAAUCACUCACUUACUAUGGGGAGAAUCAGAGGGAACGAAAAAAGUUGUUGUGGAUCUGGAGUAUGCAGGGAGUGGCUCCCAAUGAGAUGGACAAGGACAAUACUCUCGAAGAUAUGCAAAUAGAGUGGUGUAAAGCCAGGGCAUGGGUGAUGUGCUGGGCAGAAGAGGUGGAAUUGAUCCAGCAAUUUUUUGAGUGGGAUGCGCAGCGCUGGGACAAGCGGGGCCUGGGAAAUGCACUACAAGACAUAGACGAAUGCAAGGGACAGAUGGCAUACACAAAAUGUCAAGCCGUUUUACGUCAAAUACUUGCCGAGUCUUUCAAGACCAGCUGGGCUGAUACCCUGGCUUUUGUGGACUCGUUUGAAGACAUGGACUUGGAUACUAGUAGUACAUAA